CCUGUGAGAGGUCACCUGAAGAAAGCCAGGGCGGAGGCGGGACUUCCCUCACCUGCCUCCUAAGCCUUCAGCAGCUAAAAGUGAGGGGGUAGGAUGCUCUUCUGGCUCACCAGCCAGCUCCUCCACCUCCAUGACCUUGUCCGCCUCUCGCCUCCAGAGGGAUUUGUGUCCAGGUUACCCCAGCAAGCUGCCCUCAGCAGGUGGCCUUGCCGCCCCCAUGGCCCAUGGGUAUAAAGGCAGGUGGAUGAGGUAGGGGCAGGCAGCACGGAGGAUGGAGCUGCUCCAGGUAAGACUGUAGGGCCCCUGGGUACCUUCAACCCCAUCCAUGCACCAAGUGGCAUUCAGUGGAACCUGGAAUAGACCAUUCUAGAGUGGGUGGGGAUCACUCGGCCCCCUUGGGCAGGUGGAUGAACGGUGGGUCAUCCCAUCCUGGAUGGGAGGUGUCAAGACAGGACCCUUGCACCCCCAGCAGUCCAUGGAGCAGAGGGUAAGCACUCAGGGUGAGGGUCUCAGGCUGGCCUUGCCCCAGGGGCUGCUGCUGUGGCUACUGCUGGGCAUGGGCGGGGUGUGGGCAUCCAGGGGCCCACUCCGCCCACUGUGCCGGCCCGUCAACGCCACCCUGGCUGCGGAGAAGGAGGCUUGUCCAGUCUGCAUCACCGUCACCACCAGCAUCUGUGCUGGCUACUGUCCCAGCAUGGUGCGGGUGCUGCCUGCUGCCCUGCCACCCGUGCCCCAGCCUGUGUGCACCUACCGUGAGCUGCACUUUGCCUCCAUCCGCCUCCCCGGCUGUCCACCUGGCGUGGACCCCAUGGUGUCCUUCCCCGUGGCCCUCAGCUGUCACUGCGGGCCCUGCCGCCUCAGCAGCUCCGACUGCGGGGGUCCACGGGCGCACCCCCUGACCUGUGAGCUCCCCCAUCUCCCAGGCCUCUUCUUCCUCUGAGGACUCUAUUCCUGCCUCCUGGUUCCACCCCUCCCCCAAUAAAGGCUUCUCCGUUUGCA